GCCCAAUCAUCCAACGGCUCCAGACCUCUCCAUAAGCAAACUGGGCAGAUCCCAAGGGUGCUGCGCUUGAACCUGGUACUUGGGCCGCCGGCACUGGCUGCCCCACAGCGUCCCCCACUCCGACCCCGGAAAUCCCAUCCCCACUCGCUUCCCCUCCCGAAGCGCCUCCUAUCAGUCCUCUCCUGGCUCUCCAUCUCUCCACCGGAGCAGGGCUCAGGGCGCAGACGGCAAAGCAGUGCCCCCGCCCACACGUCCCGGUCCCCAAAAAAGUUCCCCGCGUCCCUCUCUCCUCGAUCUCAGAGAAGUGGGUGCACAGGACGGACCCUAAAUAAAAACAGGAAACGCGAUUAAAAAAAAAAAAAAGGCAGCAGCAGCAGCCUCAUUCAGGCUGAAUUACGGGUAAGAGUAUUAAAAAGAAGAAAGAAAGAAAGAAAAAAAAGAGUCCGGAAAUGCAAAGCUGAAGGCGGUUUUGCCGCCGUAACCCGGUCCCAGCCGCGAUCCGGCGCUGGUCUCGCCGCGCCGCUGCAGUAAACACGCGGUGAGCGGCACCAGCGGCCCGAGCCCCGCCAGGGCCGGCGGGAAGGACCCGCCGCAAGUCCAAGCGUCCGGCAACGCCUUCCCUGGCCUCUCUCCAGCCACGGGUCCCGCUCUCCGGGGCUGGGGAGGGUGCACCGGGCCAGGGCGCAGGGGAGAUGUGUGCACCCCUCUCCCCAAGGCUCGACGGGAGCUCGGGGCGGGGGUGGGGGGAGGCAGAACCGCCGUAGAGAACGUAGCCUGCACCCCACGGCAUAGCCCGGGCGCCCCGGGUCCCGCUCGCCAGCCCCCGGGGCAGGGCGCACGCGGCUAACCGCUGUCAUUCCAUGGGCUCGGCUGGUGCAUACGAGGCUGUCUUGCCGCGGGAGCGCACCCCUUACCCCGCCUCGGGCCCGGGACCUCCCCGGGGGCGUACAGUCCCCGUGCACGGGAGCUGUGUGCAUCCCUCUCUCGGAGGACGCUCCGGGGGCCGCCCCGACCCCGCGCACAACCUUGGCCCAAGUUCCGGGGGGCGCCCCCUCGCCCGGCUCGCUAGACGCCGGCGGGUGCACAGGACCCGGGUGCACCGGCCCCGGGUGCACCGGCUCUUCGCGCCGGGAGACGUCCACAAGCCGGUCCCCCGUCUCUUCGUGGUCCCCCUAAGUCCUCCGAAGUCCCUGGUCCCUGUCCUCUCCCCCACCUCCCAGACUCAGCCGGAGGAAAAACAGCAGGUCCUCCUGCCGCUUCUUCUAACCCUCCGCCUGCCUCGCCUGCCCCCCCUCCGUCUUGGGCUGGAGGGGCGUCAGCCCAGGUGCCUCUGGAAGCUACACCUUGCCCUUCUUCAAAACAAGUUUAUAUCUGUAUCCAGAAGUGGAGUGUUUCCUGCCGUGUCAACACACAAAGAUGUCACAGCCAUCGGCGAUUCCGGCCCUCCAAAUGUGAAUAUCUGA